AUGAUUGCCGCGUUCUUCAACCCCGGAUCACACAUUUUCCAUCCGUGCCCAUGCAUUGAUAAAUGCACUUCCUUUACAAAUCCACGAUCAAUGCGUUUCAUGCACAAACAAAAACAAAGUGAGCAUUCGCAUAAACACGACCAGAGGAAACGUGCGCACAUCAAAGAGAAGGAACAAAUGAACAUGCGCCUAAAGAAAUCAUACUUUGAUACCGAGUCUUCCGAGGUGUACUACCUGAGCGAGAAGCUGGGCAAGAUCGAGCGCAACACGCAUGUAUGCAUACGGCAGUUUGUGGGAAGAAUGCCUUUUACCCAGUUCAUCAAAUUGACGUACAGCUACUACACGUGCCCGUUGCGUGUGUACUUGUUCACUAAGAUGAACAAAAUCCUGACCAUGGUGCUGUUCAUCACGGUGUUCUCCAUCAUUCUCAACUACCUGCAGAACUUCAACAAGAAGGUGUUCAGGGUGGUGCUUGUAUCCCGGUGGAUGGCGGUGCUCAUCGCAGUUAUGCUGGUGUACCAGACCGUGUUCUUCGUGGGCGCUGUACGCCAUCGUUACAAGGGGUACCUCAUUUUCAAGUACGUGUACCGCUUUCAGCCACAGGUUAAAUUCGCACGCAUCCUCCGAUGCAUAAAAGCGGUGUUUAGCCGGCACUAUGACGUUAAAAUAACGAGAAAGCGCAUAAAACGCAUAAUUUCGUUCGAGGACGAUCUCUACGCACACCUCGUGCGCAAAGAGACAGUCACAAAUGUGUUCUACACCACGCUCCUUGAGCGGCUUGUACGGUACCUCUUUCCGCUGGACCAGAACACGAUCACACGCACCGAGCACACCCACAUGAAGAGAAAGAAUUAUCUCGUGAUCGCAGGCCUUGUGCUGUGCUCGCCCAUUCUAUGUACGCUGCUGCUCAUCUCACGCACCGUUGAUAUGAUCAGUACGGGCAGCAGUCUCGCACACGUUCUCGCUUACGACUACUCUCCGCUGAGCAUCGUGCGUCUGAGGCGGUACGGCGUGCUACCGCACGUGUACAAGGCCGCGGUACACCGCAGCUACAAACACGCGCUACGCAUGCUACGCACGAACGAGCACGGCAUUGCGCGCGUUCUCAUGAAAUGUGUGCUGAUUGUGUGCUCCACCACCAUCUUCGUGCUUGUGCUCGUGCUCCUCAAAAUGUUUGUGUACCAGAGAGGCCUCCUCAACCUUGAGCUCAUCCAAUACCGUCUUGAACUGCAGAUCACCCGCCACACCACCCUUGUCCUCAGGCUCAUCGAUAUCAUUUACAUCAUAGGCUUCCUAUUCUACAUCAAGAACAGCAUUAAUGUGUGUACCGAUAGAACGUACAGCACCAAGAGGUCGUUUAAGAAAUGGACAAACGCUCUCAAGACCAGCGCGUAUCGAUACAACAGAUCAUCACAUGUUCUCAUCCGUGCCAUGAUGAAGCGUAGGAUCGUGAUGGUGCUUCGUGAGUGCGCAGCGCCCUUUGUGGCACCCUGGCAAUUGUUGCGUAUUAACGCACGUAUUGAAGAUUUUUAUGAGCGGGCAAGACGGUCCUUCGUAUUCAGACGUACCACAUUUUGA